AUGGAUAAAUCUAGUCAAGAGAUUUCAACUUGGGUUUCUCCGCCUGAUAAUUGGAUAAAAUUUAAUACAGAUGGAGCUUGGAAUCUGAAUUCUAGUAAUGGAGGAAUGGGUAUAAUUACUAAGGAUUCGAAGGAAUCAUUCAUAUAUGCCGAAUCAACAAACCUAAUAUGCUACUCAGUAGAAGAAGCAGAGGUGAAGGCGAUCAGAGAAGCACUAAAGAUAGCUUUGGUGAGGAAGGAUAAGAAGAUUAUCUUGGAGAGUGAUGCAUCCGGAAUUGUUGAACUGAUUAACAAGAAGAUCUUCCUUGGUGAUCAUCGCACCCAUUCAAGCUAUGAAGACAUAAGAACCCUAAGUCAAAAUUUUAGUUUCCUGCAAUUUGUCUAUGUAAACCGUGUAAGAGUUGUACUAGUAUUGAUUAACAAACUUAAAGUAGAAAAUACAGGACUCGGUCCUUUAUAUAGACAGGACAAUAACUCUUACAUACAGAACAUGUGA